AGCUGUUUGGCUCAGGCCAUCCCCUCCACAGGGUUGCCCGCCCCAGUCCUGAGGCGGGCGGCGGCCGGGCCCCGAAGGGGCCCCCGCCCCCGCCAGGAGGGGGCCCACAGGCGAUGCGGACGCCCGUGGUGGAGCUGCGCCAGAUGCUCUGCUGCAACACGGAGAGGUGGCCGAGGCAGGGUGGCUACGCGGGGCAGCGGGCGGUGGCUGGCCUGGUGGCGCCGAUGCCGUGGAACGCCCUCCGCGACAGUGGUGCCCCGCAGGACUUCCUCCUCGGCGGCCCGAGCCCAGACGCGGGCUACAGGCCGAGCCGCCCUUCGAGCCGGAAUCAGCGGCAGCUGAUGGUGGCCCCCGAAGGCGAGGAGCGUUCCUUGCAUCAGGUGCACCUGCUGCCCGAGCAGGAGCCCAUGCUGCAGUAUCACUCUGCACCCGCGGGAUUGCCCCUGGACUAUGAGGGCAAGGCCCCUCCGCCAGGGCGCGGCCAGAGUGGAUGUUGCCCCUCCUGCUGCAGGUGGCUGUGCGGCAUCUGCUGUGUGCUCGUCGAGGUUGUGCUGGCUGCGGGGGUGACCGCCUUCGUCUGCGCCACUCGAGCGUCGAGCAACGUGGCAGAUCUUGCGGCGCCGGAGCUAGGCAGCGGCGCCGAGCUGGUCAACGCCUCGGCGCUGCACGCGUUCGCCUCUCGACUGCAUAGGCCUUGGACUGACAACGCGAGCGGACAGGUUUUUGGGUUCGCCAAUGCCAGCGAUGCGCCGAGCCUGCUGUUCAACGCCACGAGGGGGACCAAGAAUCAGAGCCAGCGCGCGGUGCCGGAAAAGCUGCGAGGCGUUUAUUGGAUGCGCGGCAACGCGCUGCCCGAGGUGCUGGUCGCGGUGCAGCACGGGGAGUGGCACGGGGAGAGGGGCGCCCUCAUGGUGCCCAAGGCUCCCCUGAGCCGGGCCUGGUUCGGCGGCCCGAGGCUGCGGCCCCCACGCUCUGUCAGCAGUGCCGGCUGGUUCUACAAACUGCUGGGCGGGUCGGGACUUGCCGAGUUCGACAGCACAGGCCUGGUCUCGCUGUCGUUCGACUCCUGCCCUGACUGGGCCAGGUGCGCGGGGCUCCCUGCAAGUGAAAACCUCACCUUCGCGACUGCGCAGGUGCACCCUCGGGAUGACCCCGCGGAGUUGAAGCAGGUCUCACGCUACGUUUUCACUUCGUUGGAAGAGGUCGCUGGGGAGGUCGUCGACGGCAACCCAGGGUCUCAUUGGCAUGUCCGCAGCGCCGCGUUCUCUGGCCACCUCGAAAUAGGUAGCUACGACCUGGUGCGCGUAAUAAACCCAGAUGGCUCCAAGUCGCAGCCCCACCACCAGGAGUUCGAGGCCUUCAUGGGGGGCGAGCCGGCCAUCGUCUGGUCUGGGUACGAGCAGUCUUUGGUUUUGAGCUGAAGCUCCGGAGGGGGAGGAAGGGAAGGCAAGACGGCCUGCCCGCUGAAGGGCUCGGCUACGAGCCGGAUGUGCCGAGAUGCAUCGUGUUUCCGCGUAAGUAUUUUAUCCCCGCGAGGAGCUCCAGGAGGGGAGAAGGCUAGAGAGAGAGAGAGAAAGAGAGAGAGAGAGAGAGCUUCGAAGCCGAAAGCAGCCUCUUUAAUUUGGCGGUCUGGGCAGGCGACAAGGCGUGCUGUUCCCCGCCGCUCCCGCUCACCUUCCAAUAGUCUGGCGCCUGCCUGCUCCAACCACGCUGCAGGUCAGUCGGCAGUCAGUGACAAUGAACGCCCGAUCGCGCCGAAAGUGCGUAAAAUUUGGCCAACAAACAAGAUCGUCUUCCAGAGGGGCGGCGGAUUUCCAGCUGCCUCCGACAAUUCCCGCCACCGUGACAGCUCACCCACCUCUCUGGAUGGCGACUGCUCGAGGGGCGAAUCGAAGGUUGCAGAGUGUGACAUUCGACUGUCUAUGAUUGUGGCUGGGCGGAUGUGCAGGGGCGGGCGCAACCCUUGAAUGCAAUGCUGGUGUCUGGAAGCACCUCGAAGCCAGGCCCACCCCCAUGCAACACAGGGGAGAGGCGCAUCAGCUCCUUGGAAAAAUGCUGCGCGGCAGGAAGAAUUUAGACUGCCAGCCCUCUGGAUGAGCGUGGGCGAGAGAAGUGGAGUCCCAUUUCAAGGCACGUGGGCCCCGCCAGACAGUCAAGACGCUCCGAGGAUACGUAUACAGCAGGAGUCUGGGCGGGGGUAGUGCUGGCUCUAGUGGCAUAUCCCAUGUUUUCGUUUCCACUCGUGUUUCUUGUUCUCUCUCCCUCUCUCCCUCUUUCUCUCUCUCUUUCUC